AUGCGCUUCCUCACUCCUCUCCGCCCAACUGCUCGCAUCGCGCCGCGCCUCACAACCCUCCGUCCCUUCCACCAAUCUCGCACACUUCGCAAAGAAGAUGUCAAGGAUAGCAACGGCGGAUUCAUUGAUGGACUUGCAGAGGGAGACGCAAAAGGCCGCACAGGUGGUGGUAAACCACUCGACGCAUCAUCCAAGAACGCACCCCCUCAACCCAAAGUGUCAAACCAGAGCAUCCCUGGCAACCAGACGGACUCUUUGACAGAGGAGCAGAAGCGUGAGGUGGAAGAGCACAACAGGGACUUUGACGCGAAGCAUGAUCGGGGUAACACGGCGCCCGGGGACAAGGUUGACAAGAAGUUUUGGGGAGGGGCACAGCAUGGAGAGAAGAACAAGGGGAAUGUGAAGCCUGAUGAGGAGAAGUGA